GAGGUCAUGUCGAAGAGGCUUUUAUCAAAAACGGAAAAGGAAACGCCGUUUGUUUAGUCCCAAACCGUACGUUAGUUCAUUGGUGCUAAAAAGAAAGCAUGAAAGUUUCAGCUUGAGUUUGGGGAAACUCCGGCACCAGUAGCCAAUUCGCACAUCAUGCUCGAAGGAGAGGCCAAGAAAAAAGAAACCAACUCUGAUGAGGCCGAUACCAAGGAAGAAUCAGUGAAGAGAGGAAUGGGGGAAUUAAUUUCAAAAGGUCUGGCAUUAGGGUCCCAGAACAGAAGUGUGGAGGAACCUUCGCCUGUAGCCACUAGUGUACUACCCAACUCAUUGCCCUGUAAUGCUGAGGAAAAAGAGAGAGAAAAAGGCUCCUGUGAAGCAGAUGUAGAUAAACUCCCUCAGCAAUUAAACUCUGAUUUUACCCCAGUCAACAAAGCUGAUAUGGAUGCACAGAAAUAUUCAGAAGACCGUGAGACAAAUUCUCAUGGUCUUUCCAGCACCACAGAUAAUGAACCAAAAUCACUGCUGCUUAAUGAAGAAUUAAAUAUGCCACAAAUCGACACUCAGAUGUCUAUUACAACUGAUGAAAUCUCAAGUAGUCAGUCUGAAAGAGAGUCUGACGGGAAUCACUCAACUGUCCAAACAUCUGAGGAAGCUGUUUGUGAUACAUCCUGCCCAAAUAAAAGUAAUCGCCAAUGCGAAGCAUAUUCUGACAAAAAAAUCCAUGAGGACACUGUAGAUGUGAAAGUUUCUGACACUGAAAAUCAAGGACAAAAAAAUGUAACACUGGAUGAUGCCUCUGUAGAUGAUUUACCUGAGAAAACACAGGAGGUAAAUUCAGAGAAUAAUAACCAAAUACCUUCGACCGAAGAGAAUGCUGAGGCAAGCAGCAUGGAAAUCACAGAAAGCAAACAUGGUUAUCCUUCCUUUUCUCGCGGACGGCCACGCAAAGAAAAACGGAUAAUCAAAUGUGAACAUUGCGGACGCCCUUUUAAUCAUGCCUCUGCAUAUAUCAUUCAUCUGCGUGUCCACACAGGAGAGAAGCCCUUCACCUGCCAGGACUGUGGCAAAGCCUUCGCUCAACUCUCAAACCUUCGAUCCCACAGCAAAGUCCAUAAAUCCAAAAGUAGGAAACACAAACUCCAAGAUAGAGCCAUACCUGAGAAAAUUGUGGAUGAGAACGAAGUAAUCAUGACUGACAAACUGGAAAGUGCCUGUCUUAGUAAUCAAAUCACCCCUAAAAGGAGGAGGCGGCGAGGAAGAGGGAAAGGGAAACCCCAUACAUGUCCGAUCUGUGGCAAAGUCUUUUGCUACAAGUCUGUCCUCAAUACCCAUCUUCGUAUUCACAGUGGAGAAAAACCAUACUCUUGUAAGGUGUGCGGCAAAUCAUUUACUCAAGCAUGCACUGCACGUGUCCAUGAGAAAGUACAUUGGCCCAUUAGACCUUUCUUAUGUUCAAGAUGUGGUAAGGGAUUUUCUCAGAUUGGGCCAUUAAAAUUGCACACUUGUGAGGGUAAAAAACACCCACAUGCCACCUUGAAAGAAAUGGAAUUUGAAGGUGUUGUCCGCUUCAGGUGUCACCUUUGCAAAAAGUGCUUUGGCACCAGAGAUGAGUAUGAUUUACAUUUGCAAGGACACACCGAUACCCAGCGUUACAGUUGUGACCACUGCAAGCAGACGUUCAGUCUCCUCUCAGAGCUACAUACUCACAAGAAGCAUUGCAUUUCCAUGCGGCUUACAAAAGCAAAGUCUUCUGGUUACAGUUCCCCUCACAGACUACAACCCAGAAACUCCUUGAAAAGAAGAACUCCUCAAAAAAUGCGGAGUGCAAGUCCAGUAAAAUCUCCUCCAAAUGAUUUUUCCUUUCCGAGGAAGCUCAAAAAAUGCUCCUCUUUACUUGUUUGCCCAGUUCAGGUCAUGGCCACCACUGUUUAUGACCCUCAGAAUAACCUCUAUUCAGUCAGUCAGUCGAUCAAAUCCAGCUAUUUCGUAACACAACUGAACAGUACUCACCAGAAAUCAGAUCCAAGAAAGUACUUCUGCCCACAAUGUGGACGAAUAUUCCAGCACAUAGGAAGGCUGAGAGCCCAUAUGCUCACUCAUUCACGGCGUCAAAGCUUCACGUGUAUUGAUUGCAACAGGAUGUUUAAAAACUGGAACAAAUUUUGGAUUCAUCAGCGGCUGCAUAGACAGAAAAGAGGGCGCUUUUUUUGUCCCAAGUGCGGUCAAGGGUUUCGAUUUGUGGGACUGUACAAUGAACAUCUGCAGAAGCAUCCAGAACUUAAUGCCCACGCAUGUCCCUUCUGUCCUCACACGUUCUCAGAUGCACAGAAGUUGAGGAAUCACCAGCAAGAGUGGCACCGCUCAACUAUGCCCUAUAUUUGUGAUAUUUGUGGAAAAGGUUUUGAAAGUGUGAUUACUCUUAAGCGACAUGGAGUUGUUCACUGCACAAAUGAUCCGAUGGGGACGCAUUGCACCAUUGAUCCGCAGUCCACUGUGCUUCCUUAUGAAUGCGGUACAUGCAGUGCCAGUUUUGAGAACUUGGACUUGCUUUUCCACCAUCAGCUCCGCCACAAGCCUGUGGAUAAAGACUCAAUAGCAAUGAAAGGCCAGCUACUUAUGACUGACGAACGUCGAUCUCACCAUCUCCAGCAUCAACACUAUGAUUACAGCAAUUAUGAUAAUCAGAUGCAAGAGAAGCUCCUCUCAUACCCCGGUUCAAAUGGAGGAGAAAUGCCUGGUCGGUUGUCACAUUUUAGUCCCUCAACCUUACAUCUAUCACAAAAGCCAAAACGAAACACUGAAGCCCCAAGCACCAGCAGAACUAAUUCUCAGAGUAAUGAGCGGCAAAUGGUUGAAAAACACACUAAAGAGAGUUUUUCAGCAAUUGAAGAAUUAAAUGGUUCAAUUAAAUGGUCACCGUCCAUAUUGAAGACAGAAGACAAAACUGGUGACUUAAUUUGCUCUGAAUGUAAUGCUUGUUUCUCCAACCUUAUAGAACUGCAUGGACAUUACUUGGAACAUGCCAGAGGCGAAAUAUAAAUAUUCUGUAAAUGUUCUCUUUUUUCAGUGAGUGUGUGAUGAACAUUUAUGUGGGAACCACUUAGUUCUGAAACUUGUGAGAAUGUUAAGUGUGUAUGAAUAUUUGUUUAUCAUGUGAUAUCAACAUUACUAAUGUGCUGACACCCAAUUUUGUUAGUAUAUAUAUAAUUCAACUAGACAUUUCCUGUUAUGAACAGUAUUGUUUUAUUUAGUGAUCCUAUUGAGUUAGAUAUCUGCUAGUGUUGGUGCUGUAAUUGAAAUUUUCUUGGAAGAUGUUGCUAUUAAAAGAUUAAACACCUUGUCUGA